CGAACCGAGCCGUCCAGCUCCAAGGCCGGUUCAACCAAAAGUAUAAACUCCAAGGCCCACAUUUUCCUUUUCCAAGGACCAAAGAAUCUGAAAAUCUCAGAUCUCAAUUCUCCGAAAACCCUCGCAGUGAUCUACACGUCGUCUUUCUCUCUCCUUCGCCACGUGUGGACCUCUUGACAAUCGAUCGGGGGUGGCCGGCGUUUAUUUUCCGAUCGAUUCUGUUGCCUCUCCCUCCCACUGCUUCCUUCCGCACUUUUUCCAUAAUUACGGAAAUGGCAGAGGAUUCUAGAAAGGAUAGUGGGGAAGUUGAUGCCAACCUUACAGAUGCUGAGAUGGAAAAAAUUAAGAAGAAGAAGAAAAAGGGUUUGUUCUCGAGAGUAUGGAAUGCAGUAUUUCGAUCACAGGGUGAUGAUUUUGAGAAGAGACUGAAACACAUCACUAAGGAAGAGGCAGCUGUUCUUUCUAGAAUGAGAAGGCGCUCCCAAAGCUUGAGGGGGAUGAUAAGAAAUUUCAUCAUACUUUCGGCACUUUUGGAGGUUGUUGCAGUGGGUUAUGCCAUAAUGACUACUAGAACAUUGGAGUUGGAUUGGAAGAUGAGGGCCUUGCAUGUUUUGCCGAUGUUUCUUGUGCCUGGUUUUUCUUUUCUUACUUAUUCAGCGUUGAACAGCUUCAGCAGGAUGCUUGAUCGCAAAGACCAUAAUACUGUGGAAAGAUUAAGGGAUGAAAGGCAAGCCAAGAUUGAUGAACUGAAGGAGAAGACAAAUUAUUACAUCACGCAGCAACUCAUUCAGAGGUAUGAUCCUGACCCUGCUGCCAAGGCUGCUGCUGCAACAGUUCUGGCUUCAAAGUUAGGAGCAGAUUCUGGCCUUAAAGUCUAUUUGGGAGAUGAAUCUAAAUUAACAGCGCCUGUUGGAAAGAGUAAUGAUGUAGAGCUUGUGCAUCCUGGUGGGCUACGGAAUAGGAAGCAGGUGCAGACCAGAGAUGGUAGCACUGGUAGCACAGUAUUGCAUCCUGACGAAGAGGAAAUGAUUCACCAAACAGGACCUGAGGGGCUUGACGUUUCUUCCCAUCAGCAGCUGGUUGUUGAGCAUCACCAGCUGACUGGAUCGAGUACACCAGAUGGUGGAUGGUUUGCUCGAAUUGCAGCUUUGCUUGUUGGAGAUGAUCCAACCCAGUCAUAUGCACUUAUAUGUGGCAACUGCCAUAUGCACAAUGGGCUUGCUAGAAAAGAGGAUUUCCCUUAUGUAACGUACUACUGCCCCCAUUGCAGUGCUCUAAAUAGGUCAAAACAACCAGAUGGACGUAACUCCGAAUCAAAUUCCCCUGAUAGGAGUUCCUCGACGAGUAAUAGUGAUGCUGAGGUGACCAAGAAUGCUGCUAGUGCUGUGGUGAAGACAUCUGCAACUAGCAGCCCUCAUAGCCCGGUUGAUGCAGCUUCUGGGACGGCAGAAAGCGAUAUAGUGGCAUCAGAUGGUCCAGUUAGUUAAUUGCAGCCAUGGAUUGGACUUCUUCUGGUUUUCCUGCUUGGUUUUAAAAUUGUGGAACGAAAGUUCUUUUUAGGGAUGUUGCAAUUUGAUAGCAAAUAUGAGGUAACGAAUGAUGAUCAAUCAGGAUUCUAAGGCAUGCUUUUUCCUGAUGUGGAGUUUAACAAAUUAAGGUUGCCGGCUUACUGCGUGAUUGCUGCCUGCGUGGUUUAUGAGGUAAUGCUGAAGACGUCUUCAAGUCCUGGUGCAUGGAGCCGUGAUAUGGUUCGUAGAAUUUUUGUUUUUCUGCUUUUGCUUUUCGUUUUUUUCCCCCCUCCAUCUUACCCCUUUGGUUGUUGGUAUAGUACUGUAAUAUUAGAUUUUGGCAAUCGUUUGUAAAUGCUACUGUAAAAACAGAGAUACUCUUUCGAGAAUCGAAAAAGGGACUCAAAGAUGGUCUUUUGCCAGGA